GUGAAGCAGCAGGCACCAGGCCCCCAGGCGGGGCGACAGGCAUCGGGCCCCCAGGCGGCGCGACAGGCAUCGGGCCCCAAGCGGAGCGGCGGGCGCCGGGCCCCCAGGAGGGGCGACAGGUAUCGGGCCCCCAGGCGGGGCAACAGGCAUCGGGCCCCCAGGCGGGGCGACAGGCAUCGGGCCCCCAGGCGGGGCGACAGGCAUCGGGCCCCCAGGCGGGGCGACAGGCAUCGGGCCCCCAGGCGGAGCGACAGGUCUCGGGCCCCCAGGCGGAGCGGCAGGCGCCGGACCCCCAGGCGGUGCGACAGGUCUCAGGCUCCCAGGCGGAGCGACAGGUCUCGGGCCCCCAGGCGGAGCGGCAGGUGCCGGACCCCCAGGCGGUGCGACAGGUCU